AUGUUUCUGUACCAUAAAGGCGACAACGGCAAUCUGGUCGUUUUUGGCGUCUACAUCGAUGAUCUACUGGCGACGGGAACGAGCGUCGCGGAUGUCGAGAGUUUCUUUGCGAGCCUGGCGUCGCUGUCUAUUAAGGGUCUCGGUCGCGCUCAUAAGUUUCUGUGGAUGCGAGUGAAGCUUGGAAUCGACGGCGCAAAUCGCAUUGACCAGGAGAAGGCAUCAAGGAGCUCUUGCGUGCUCACGGGAUGA